UUAUGGGUACUGUAUUUUUAAAAUACCGCUUCUCUUUUUUUCUUUUUCGAGCCAAAAGUUGUCUGAACUUUGAUAGCUUGUUAAGAAAAAACCCUUUCAAAAACCACUUGUAACCUGCCAGUGUGAAAUUGUCUGCUCUUGGCUAAACUGCUUUGGGUGUUGUGUUAGGAGAUCUCAGGGAGCAGGGAAGUUUGCACAAGAUGAACUUGCAGUAUGGAGUGGGAUGCAAACACCUUGUGUGAGUACAAGGCAGGGCCAUUUUAUUUUCCUGACUCACAACUGUGUGUACAAGUGUUGCUGUUACAUUUCAGUCAGCUCUCAAUAAUCAUUGCUCAGAUAGCGUAUUUCUAUUAUGAUUGCUAGGAUUUUACCUUUUCAAGAUCUUUUAAGGAUGUACAGGCAUAUGAAUAAAUCUCGUGUUGAUUUAGUCAGGACGCUCUGCAAUAUUCAGUAUUUUACAAGAUUUGUUUCUUCAGUCAGUUCCUUAAAUUGGAAUUUGGAAGCCUAGUUAGGCAGUCUUGGUUUUUUACUUUUUAUAUUUUCCAAAUCACAGACAUAUUAUCAGAAUUCAACAGGAUAUGUGUUUGAGGCAAAGAUUUUAGUCUCCCAAUAUUUCUGCAAGUCCAAAUAUGAGUUGGUGUUUUAAUGCUUUUUAUUCCUAACUUAGACAUUUAACAUGACUAGAAGACACAGAGAAGGUGUUUUUUAUAAGAUUGUAGGAAAGUGACAGAAGAAAGCUGUGCUGGAGUACAUCCAUUGGUAGGUUAAUUUCCACUUAUGAGUAAUCUGAUGCAGAAAAAUAAAUUAAAUUACUCUGUUCUCAGUUGUCCAGUGAGUCAGGAGCGUUUCAAGGUGGGGGGUCCUCAGUCUAAUACCCGAACAGGUGAUUGUCACUCUCCAGUAGUUACACAGCACCAGUGAAACAGGGGACAGUGUUCAGUAAAUACAGGAGCUGCAGAGGCUGAGGAAUUUCGUGAAGCUGUAGGAAAGGAUUACAUUAGGCUGUAAAUGCUGCUCUGCAGCAACAAUGUCCAUUUCUGUGUAACUUCACAGUGAGCUUUGUCCUUGUGCUUCAGAGUGUCACAAAUGUGACAGUGGCAUGCUGGCAGGAGAGGCCAGGAGCCCUUUGUAACCUGGUGUGGUACUGGAAAUACUCAGUCCCCCUCCCCAGAUUAGAGGUCUGUUAUUUUUAGAGUCCCUCUGAUGGCUCAGCCAAAUAGAUUUCUAUUUUUUUUGUAUGUCUUCUGUGUUUUAGUGCUUUGUAGUACAGUGCCUGAAUUUCUCAAUACUGUGACAAACUUCCCACUUUACAGUUUCAGUCUUACAGUGACACUGAUGAGUGCUUCCAAAGCUGACAUACUGAUUGCUCUUCAAAUGUUGUGUGCAAUUUUUCAAUGAUGUAAAACAGACGGUCAUGUUUAAAAAAUGUCUCGGACCUGUUUGUGAUGGGAGGAGCUCUAAUUCUAGAAUCGGCAGCUCUUUUGCACUGGCUAGAGAGAGAAGGCUAUGGACCCCUAGGGAUGACUGGAAUAUCCAUGGGAGGACAUAUGGCUUCACUGGCAGUGACAAACUGGCCUAAACCAUUGCCAUUGAUUCCUUGUCUUUCCUGGUCAACAGCCUCUGCAGUCUUCACUACGGGUGUGCUGAGUAAGGCAGUGAACUGGAGAGAGCUGGAGAAACAGUAUUUUACACAAACUGUGUAUGAAGAAGAAAUCAUUCAAAUGCUUGAAUAUUGUGGAACGGAUUCUUUCAAGAUGGGACAAGACUUUGUGAAGAACUUCCCUGACAGUGUGGACAGUCUGGCCAACAUGGAUGUGACUUCCAGAAUAUUCAGCUUUGAGUCCUUGCAUGACACUGUAUCCAAGGAAUCUCUUCACAGCUUUGCCACAAACAGAAGUGCUCUAAGUGCCUCUUCAGAAAGACUCUUCAUGCAAGAUGCUCCUAAAAUGCAGUGCAUAAAUCAAACCUUUUCCACCAGUAGCAGCAGCAAUAAAAACUUAACCAGCCCACAAGGACACAGGAUAAAUACAAGGAGAAGGAGUGACACUUUACAGAGAGAAUCCUUAAUGUUCAUGAAGGGGGUAAUGGAUGAAUGUACCCACGUGGCUAACUUCCCAGUUCCGGUUGACCCAAGUUUAAUCAUAGUAGUACAAGCCAAGGAGGAUGCGUACAUUCCCCGCGCCGGCGUGCGCAGCCUCCAGGAGAUCUGGCCCGGCUGUGAAAUCAGGUAUCUGGAUGGAGGUCAUGUCAGUGCCUACCUCUUCAAACAAGGACUCUUCAGACAAGCGAUUUACGACGCAUUUGACCGCUUCCUCCAGAAAUACACCAUGUGAUCUUUCUAAUGCAUUCAGACUGAUCUCAUUUGUAAUUCAGCUUACUGGAACUCAUGUUUGGAAAACAAGCCUCUCGUAGUGUUGAGCAGAUGGUCACUGACUGUUGUAGGUAACAAUUACCAGAAGUGGUAAAGUACCAGCAUUGCUCUCAUUUCAACCCAGUGCCAUUCUGACACAGCUGCUCCAGCGUUACCUGUGAGAAAACAACAGCAGCAUCUGUCAGUGCAUGAAUGGUUCAUGUACUUCAUGCCUAAUCAGACUGUGUGUUGCUUCAAUUCUGAAUAAAUUUGGAAUCGUGUGUCAGUAGAAAACAGACCAAUCAAGUAUUGGAAGAAUGUCAAAUGUGCAGUGGGGGCUAAGCUGCUCUCUUGUGUUCAGUGUAGCUUUGGUUUGUUUCAGAUACCUCAGUUACCUCUUGCUUCCUCAUGGCCUUGCUGUUCCUACUGUGUUGUACCGUGGCUUGGCCAGCACUCAGCCUCUUGUGUUUGUCACUGCCUUUCUCUCCAGUUAUGAACUGAAAGUGAGCCUUGACAGAAGGCUCAGCACCACAUCUUGCAAAGAGAGACUUUGACAAUUGGAGGAAAAGUGAGAGAAAGACGUUUUCAUUCAUUACAUCGGUGAAGUUUUCCUGCCACUGAAUUAAACCGUGCCAUUGCAGAAGGAUCAUGUAGCAGUUCAUCAACCAGGUUCACAAAACUGGAAUAGGUGAAAAUCAAGUGUCUGGUAAUUAAUUGUUUACAUUAAUUCAGUUGCAUAACAUAAGCUUACAGAUUUCUUUUCUUUUUCUGGAAUGAUAGAUGAAAUAGAAAUAUCAUCACUCUACUUUCUAAGCACUGGCUGAUUCUAAGCAGUUAAACUGACAGCAGAUUAUAUGGUGCUAUAAAGACCUGUUGGAAAUACUUCAACAGAUGUCCUUUCUGAAGUGCACUCAGCACUGAAAUGCAAAAUACACUUGCACUGUAUAAUUUAAAAGAUACGUGAGACUAAAGGUUAUUGAAACAGUUAGGUUUGUUCCUUAUUUUUCAACCCUUGUCUUCUUUAAUUGGAUGGAAAAUAAAGAAGCUUGGAUUUUGAACACAUUUAAGAAAAUCCAAAGUCUGUUGUUUCCUCUACUGGGAUCAAAAAUGCCAACAAAUUACAGUAGAAUAAAAGGUUGUCAUGUACUAACUGUGUGGGUAUUUCUCCACUUUUUUUUUUGUGGUAAUCUCCUAUAACAUUCUUUUAAAAGCUACUUGCAGUGAAGUUGAAAACCAAAACUCUUCAGUAUUUAGUACAGUCACGACCAUGAUAACUCUGAAACAAACAGAAAAUUCUGUCUAUUUCUCAGGAUGUGUGACAUCUGCACCUUCCCAGUCAAGCACUUUCGAUCUCCGUGGUUACUGUAAAGGUUUUCAGUAGGCAGAGUAGGGAGCAAACAAAGCUCAGCUUAAAUAUUCUCUUGAAUUUUAGUCACGUAGACAGCACUAAUAACUGUGAAGAAAUCAUGGCUCAUUUGAAAGUCAGGCGUAUUCAGAUAAAACUGAAGAGCAACAAUUUUGAAUAACCCAAAUGAUGUAACGUACAAAUUUACUGAAUAUCAGAAGAGGUUCUAAUCUGUUGGGAGUUAAAUUGCUUCUUUCAAGUGGUUUCAUAUCAUUUCUUUGGACAGUAUUUGUUUUGUAUAUGAGGAGCAAGUGUGAAGAGACCAGCACAUUUAAACACCAAAUAUUUGGAGUAUUUGAAAUUAAAUAUUAGUAAGUUUACAAAUUUAAAUCUUGACUAGUGUACUAAAAGAUUCACAGGGUUUACAAGCAUAUUCAUUAAUUAAGAGUGCUUUACCAGAGCACUGUCUGCUGUUCAGCAGCUUUUGUAGCUCUCACAUUUUAAAUGCAAUUGUGUGCUUUGUGUCCUGCUUCUGUUGCAGCUAUGAGAAAGGGAGAUAACUGGUGGCAAGGGAAAGGGCUUGAAUAAAUGCAAGAGAGAAAAGACAGAUUUUGUAAAGGCCAGGAGUAAGCACAAAAAAAAUCAACUAUGCUACAAAGUAUAACAUGCCAAAGUAAAUAUUUUCAAAGCGCACAAUACUGGGAAUUACACAACUGAUGGGAACUCUGCAUCCUGAGGUUACUGUCCUGAUGGUAUUACUAACAAGGUUUGACUUACCAAAAGGGCACAGGAGGAGCUUUAGGCUAAUGCCACUCCUGCUGUGACAGUGUCUUUUGGGACAAAUGGUACUCCUGGUUCUGAGGGUGUCUUUUGGGACAAGCAGUGAAAGACUGGUUUCUGACAAGAAUAAGGACUCACACUUUGCUCUGUAGCUGAAGUCGUGUUGCCAAAUGUGAAAGCCCAGUAAGCAUUAUUUAAGGAAUUUCUCAGGUUAGAACAACAAAAAAAGGAAAAAUGAGCUCAGUGGUCUAUUUCUGCCAGUUAUCAGACAUAGGGAGCUGGUCUGUGAAGGGGGAAUCUUCUUGCGUACGUGUUUUUAACCCUUGUAAAAUUGACUUUUUAAAUCAUAUUUUCAGGUUAAAUCCUAAAAAAGUAUAAAUAAUCCAUUUUGAUGUUAAAUGAGAAUGUGGUUUUAAUCCAGGAGUUGCAUGAGAGAAAUAUUGUAAUAAGGUUUCUUCCAUGUAGCAAGUAAACCAUUCUGUAUGUCUUAAAUUUAUUGUAAAACUGGCCUUGGUAAUUUUUUGGUUUUAAAUUUUUUCAAUAAAAGCCCUAAAAACA